AUGUCUCAUUGCCCACCUCCCUCACUAAUUGAGAAGGUGAAGGAUGAAAUAGAAGGCUCAUUCCCAAUUCAAAGUGCAUCGUCUCAAAGAUCUGAAGAAGAAGUGUACCAAAAUGUUCUUGCAGGUCCCAUUAUUAGUUUACGUUCAGUUGCAGUAUUGUGUCGUCGCGGUACCCCAGAAAAAUAUCGUGCGGUUUUUUGGAAACUGUUGAUGGGAUUUCUACCCCCUGAAGUAUCCCGAUGGGAAAAAUUGCAGGAGGCAAAGACAAAGGAGUAUUGUGAUAUUGUUCAUAUUGUAUGUGAACUUGAUGAACAGGGAAAAGUUGUAGUGGGAGGAAGUAGUAGUAGAGCGGUGGAUGUUGAUAUUCCCCGCACAAUACCAUCUAUGCACUUCUUUAACGCCCAUGAAGAUCAAUCAAAUGUACCAAGUAUUCAAAUGGUGUUCUCAUCAACGCAGGAGAGUCUACGACGUAUCAUACAUACCCUCGCUGGUGUUAACAGAGGUCUUGGAUAUGUACAAGGUAUGAAUGAGUUGGUUGGUCAUCUUUUAUAUGCGUUUUCUGGUGGAAGGCGUGAAGCUGUAUGUGAUAGUGUAGAGAGUGAAGUUUUCUUUUGUUUUCAGACUAUGCUUACAUAUCUUGGUGAUGACUUUUGUCGUAGUUUAGAUUUUGAUCAAGAUACUGGGGUAAUGUGUACUAUUCACCAUUUUGAAAGACUUUUUCAAUUUAUUGAUCCCAUACUUUGGGAACAUUUGGAGUCACAUCAGGUAAAAUCUGAAUUUUACGCUUUUCGUUGGAUUACACUUCUCUUCACACAAGAAUUUAACGUACCGGAUGUUUUUCGUGUAUGGGAUUUUCUCUUUUCUUUUGGAGAAGAAUUGCGUAGUAUCGUUUUAUACGUUGCUGUUGCAAUGUUACAUUAUCAACGUCAUGAAUUAUUACAGAUGAAUAUUUUAUCUGAAUUUCUUCCCUUAUUACAGUUGUACCCACCAUGUGAUGUUAACGAGUUUCUCAAGAUAGCUAUGAAGUGGAUUGAAAGAUUUGGCUUUCAAUUAGUAAAACAAUUGAAAGUGUCAACUCCAGAAGAUGUUGUUCUGCUGCAGCGUCAACAUGGAAUAAUAAUAGCAAAUGAGGUAUCAUGGAGUGGUAGUUUACGGGGUUUAAUGAGCUCCAUGCGUGGACUUACAAAGUAUCUUAAAAAAGAAUAA